CAUGGUCCAACCGGGACUGAAGAGGAGGACUAGCAUAGCAUCGACGACUACAGCAGUGAGUUGGAGAAAUAUGGAUCAAGUUCAAUACAAUUUAUUCAGGAAGAGUAAGCGGGUAAGCUUGCGUGAAGAGGACAUGACGGUCCUCAAGUUGAGCAGGAUCUUUCAGGUCUCCGUUGACAGUCUGUACCUUACAGACGACGCCAAUGUGGCGAUAUUUGCCAGCGAUUCGUCAGGAAUGUUCAGCUCACUGGACCUGUGUCCAAGGGGGCAUUAUGAAGUCCACGGGGAGGACGAUGUCGCCGCCCCAGGAUCAAGUACGGGGCAACGCUUUGCCUUCUCAAGGACUAGUACAGUGACCAGUGGCUCACUGCUGGGUGCCGCUGCUCUCCCCAGAGCCUCAAACAAAACGUUUCAAAGAUCCGUGUACCUCGCUGAGGCUCUUAGCGGCAAGCUCAGUGUGAGCCGGAUGGUCAUGGUGAGAUUUUCGGAAGCUGAGGCCUCUCCUCAGGGGAUCGCUGCCAAAGUGAAGGAAGCCAUUGGGAGUCCAGAGAAUUUGAUUUUGACGGAUUCUCAGGGGAAUGCUAUUGUGGAAUCGGAGGGAACAACAGGGUCACCUUAUUGGAGACAAAAUGCCAGAAAAGUUCUUGCUGUCCCAGAAAAAGACUUCACAGACCUGCAGGGCACCAAGAGGAGGAGAAUGAGCCGGAAAAACGAAGAGGUUGGAGGCAUUGCCGAGGUCACAGAAAAAAUUGAAGAGCUGGUUCUUGCAUCUCAGAGUCUCCCGGAUGUUACAUCAGCAAUCAGGGAGCUCACCGAUCUGGCUGCAGUUAAAAGACUGACCCUGACUCAAUCACAGCUACAGGCCAUUAAGCAUGGGUUCUCUUGUGCUAUUUGCUUGAAGUUGAUGACAGAGCCAAUCUUCACGCAGUGUUGCCAAACCCUCAUUGGCUGCAAAACUUGCGUGGAGGAGUGGCAUAGGAACUCCGACACCUGUGCAAAAUGUAGGGGAAGUGUUGAAGGAGACAGCAUGUUUGAAGUUAAGGGCCUAUCAGAGGCACUGUCUGUCCUGAGGUCUCUUUUUGAAGAGGAGUAAUAUGUAUUUGUUUACUCGCAAACAAGUAUUUUUAUUUUGUUUACCGAGUAUCGAGUGAUACAGAGUGUUUUUAUUUUGAUUUUAUUUUGUUUACCGAGUACUGAGUGUUUGUUGUUUUUAUUUUGUUUUAUUCUUUUUACGUGGGUCAGAGUUCAUACGCCCACUGCCACUAAUUCCACUCAUUUACAUUCUUAUAUUUUUUACAAAUCCCAACACAAAUGUUUACACAUUGCGCCGAGUUGUGGUAAUGAGAAAGAGAAGCGCCUCUUUGUAUGGUGUGUAAUCAUUGUUGACUGCUCUAGACAACAGUUCAGAAAUGUCAGAAUAUUGUUCUGCAAACUGGUUCUCAGCCAUUAGUUUGUCUUCUUCUGUUAAAAAUGGAUCUACUCCAAAGGUAGAUUGUGGUGUUAGGGUGGAUCCAAGCUGCUGUCUGUAAAGUUCUGCUGCUUCAGCUGAGUGAGGCAACAGCUCCUGUGGGAUUUUUUUGGGACACCCACUGCCAGCCAAGUCGUUUGGUGUUCCUUUUCCUGUAAAAUAAAG